AAAUCGCAUUGGACAAAAUCACACUCUGUGCAUAUAAGUAAAUAUAUGUAAAAGCUUAUUUUUGCGCGUAUUUUGUUUCUGUUACAUUGCUGUUUUUUCCUAUAAUCCACCCGCCAGAGAGUGUGUGAAAUGUGUGUUGUUGAAGCAGUGCAUAUAACGAAGUGAAGUGACUACAUGGCUAUGCGUUGCGUGUGUUUCCAAAUGCAUUGAAUAUUAAUUAAAUUAUUUCCCCAACUUUAAAUCUGUGCACCUUUGCAACCAUGCUAAUUUACUUGCUUAUGCUCAGUGCUUUAAGGAGCGCAUCUUGUGGCGAAAAUGAGUUACUUACUCAAACUGUUUAUGGAUUUUUGGACUUUACAACGACCAUUGGGAAUACCGUAAUGGUAUUUUCACCUCAAAGUUCCCCACACUUUGAACUAAAACCCAACAACACAAACAACAUUAUCAAUAUCAUUGAAACAAAGCCGAAAUUUACGAAACAAGAAAAGGAAAAGGAGAUAAUCAAGCCAACGCCUCUCAUUUUGAGUGAGUCAAAUGUUCCUCCGGAAACAUUUACGUCGAAAAGUGAAUCCUACAACACAAGUACAUCAAAUUCUCCGAUCCAAACGCUGUUGAGCACACCCGAAUACGAUCUGCUUUCGCGUCAACCCGAGCAGUUUGCCGAGGAAUCGUAUCGCGUGGUUAACUUUAAGGGCAAAAAUGAAGCUGAGCGUCAGAGAAAUUAUCUGUCCAAAAAGGAAAGUGUCCAUGGCUAUCAGACUAGAAACGCUGUAACUUCGACAAAGGAAUCGGGACGCUUUACGAAAGUUCCUCAGUCCAUAACUUCAUCGAAUGCAGAGAAAAAGAGCAAGCCCCGGCAGACCAGAAUUAAUAAGACAUCAACGAUUCAGCCCAGUAAAACCGUAAAAGAAUCCCCAUCAUCACAGACUGUGGUCUCGAAGAGUUCACGGAAAAGUUCCCAAGGCAGCCGGGAUCACAGGGGAUCCAGCACCAGAAAAUCUUCGCGCCCAAAAGGAAAAAGGCGACAUAAAUCAACGCAAAAUAGCAUGAUAUUGAUUACUGCAUCGGCAAAGGAAACUGCCCGUCACUCGUAUCGCUCGAAAGUCACAAGUCUGCAGGAAGAGGCCGUCACAGCCCCAAGUGCGGGCACCUUUAAGCUAAAUAGGCGUCCUGGCCGCUGGCAAUACAAGACCUCUCCAAAGCCUAAGGUUAACAUUAGGAAGAAUACCAGCGCCAACAGUCCGAUCGCCAGCCAAAUUAACGAUACGGCAGCCCACGUGGAGCAAAACUUGGCGGAAGCUCCAAUCGGAAGCGACAAUCCGGAGCAGAUUCUGAAGGUUUUAAACAGUGGAAGGGAUUUGGAGGCCUCUGGUUCCCAAAAUGGUCCAGUGGCCAAUCAAAACGAAAACGACGAUCAGAAAUCAAAGUACUUUGUGCAAACAUUAAAUGUUGAGAUAUCCACGCCAAAGCCUUUUAUUGACACUUACUACGAAAUUGCUACAAUUAAAAGCCCGUUUAUAUUCCAGGCUGGUGUGGUGAAGAAAACGCGAUUUUUGACCGUCACAUCAACGAUAGAAAAGGUAAUACGGGAGGAGCACACGAAGGAGUACUCAGAAGAUGAUGGCCCGCUGACGGAGAAUAUUUUGGAGUCGACGGCGCAGACAGACGAUAAGCCUUUAGAUGGAAGUGUAUCAACGCUGAAACCGAUCUACAUUGAAGAUGGCUCAGAGACCCCUAGUUUGGAGACAAUAACUGAAUCAUUUUCCAUAACACAAACAAAACUGAAGACACAGAUUCUGCCUAUAAUCAACGAGAAAAGAAACGAAACCAUCCAUGUGACGCUGGUGCAAACGUACGACUAUACCAGCCUCAUAACAGUCACCCAAACAAUAUCCCCGUUGAGCGAAGAUUUUAGUCCCAAGAACUUUAAGGACUUUGAAGGCAAUUUGGAUGAGGCUGGUUCAGAGUUGAACUUGGAUCUGGAGUUUGGCGAUGAGGAUAAUACCGGAAAGUUCGAUGCGAAAAUUAAACCGAAAAACAAGGUGGAAAUUAAGGGCUUAAGCAACCUCACCAACCCAUUGUUACCCGAAACUCUACAUUUUACGGAGAGCCAAGCACCAGUAAACAAUUUCGUAACUUCAACGCGUCCCGUUAUUAAACUGGAAACCAUUUGGGAGUCGCAUGUGGUGCCGUUAGUGAGAGGCACUGAGACCAUUAUGCGCACACUCUCCAAGUCUGUGGGAGUGGUCGAGAAAACAGAAUACGUUACCGACAUAACCCCACUUGCGGUGCCAACGUCACAGUUUCCGUUCUCAAUAAAUCCGUUCUAUAACCCGUUAUUGCCCAUGCAGCCACAGCAGCUGAUUACGUCCACUGAAAUUCUGCAAACAAUGGCCACCGAAACGAGCUCCAAGGUUCUGAAAUUGACAUUUGGUGCCAGAACCGCUUAUACCACAAUAUUUUCAACUGCCGUUGUACCAACACAAGUUACUAAGCUAAUCACAGCAACAAUUCCUGUUCAGCAUCCUUCAGGAUCCUUUCCCAACUUCUAUCCACCCCCAUAUAAUCCAUUUGCAUACGUUGGUUAAUAUUUAAAUAGUUGUAAGAACGAGCACCUAAAUCAAUACUCGAUUGCUCUAAUUGAAAUUUUUGUUUUAAUUAUUAAGUGUAUGUUCAAAUGUUGAAUGGCGGUGAUAAAAUGCAAUACAAUAGAUUUUAUUAGUUAUAAUUUAAACCCUUUGUCACAAGAAAGUGCAGAUGUAAUUGUAAAUAUUUAUCGUUAGUUUAUGGAUAAGCUGUAUUCAUAUUGUUUGGCUAAUUACU